CAUUCACGGCUGUUGUGCUGUUUGUAAAUCAAAGAGUAAUACUAUGUUGUAAAUGGUUUUUGUAUUUUUGUCUAAAAUAUUAUUAUUAUUAUUUAUCCAUGGAUAAGUGUCGGAUAUGUUUAGGUUACAAAAAGAAUUGCUUAUCAAUAUUUAUAAGCGAUAAGGAUACACAGUACGUUGAAAUGGUACGCUCAUUGACGAAUAUAAAGAUUUUGAAAGAUGAUGGAAUUACUGACAAAAUAUGUCGCGCAUGUCGCAAAGGACUUAGAGAUUCUUACGAAUUUAAACUCCUGAUUGAAAGGUCUAAUGCAGCACUGAAUGAUAAUGCAAAGCUGAAAAAGUUUCAGUUUAAUAAUAUAAAUGAUAUAAAACUUGAAAUAGAUGUAGAUAGCAAACCAAAUAUGACUAAGUGUGAAGAUUUUAAGGAAUAUUUUACAGAGGGAGUCUUUGAACUCAAUUACAAUAAUACAGUAAUAAAAAGGCCUAGUGCAACCAACAAUGUUGGUUUUGGACAACCAGUGCCAGUCUUAGAGUUUCUAAAGUCAAUUAAGGAGGAUCCUGAUGAUGAUGGCUGUGCAGAUAACAUUGAUGACUAUAUAGCAGAUGAUUGGGCAGCAGAUAAUUAUGAUCCAACUGAUGAAGAUGAUCACAAUAUUCCAUUAGCACUUCGAAAGAAGAAAAACACUAAAACUAAGUACAAGAAACAUGCGACAAAAAAAAAAUAUAUUGACAUGGAUUAUGUACCAGAUGAUUAUGACCCAAAUGAUGGAGAUGAUGACUAUAUUCCUUCAGCACUUCAAAAGAACAAAAACUGUAAAUCUAAGAACAAGAAACAAGCAACAAACAAAAGAAUAGGAUCUCAAAAAAAAACAGAUAAAAGUGACGAAGGAGUAGUAAAACUCAAUAUAAAGCCUGUAUAUCUAAAAGAUUUAAAGCUUAUUUAUACUUGUCCUGUAAAAAAUAAAGAAAAAUCGGAUAAAAAAAGAAAAUGUUAUCAAAAACUAGAAAUGUGUCCUUACUGUGGAUUAAUGACUAAAACUUUGAAACCCCAUUUGUUGCAGCACACAGGUGAGCGGUCAUAUAAAUGUGAAAUAUGCGGUAAAGCGUUCUUUACCGCUUCCGGUCUGAUAUCACAUAAAAAGCGCCACAACGACACAAAGGACUUCAAAUGUGGAUAUUGCAUAGCUGCUUUCCACGACAAGCAGUCAUUAAAGAGUCACCUACAAAUGCAUUCGACGGAAACUAAUUACGUUUGCGAUAUUUGCAAUAAAGCAUUUAAACGGAGAAACGCGUUGCGGCGCCACCGUUUGAUGCACAACUCUGCCAGCAAGACUGUGAUGUGUGAUCAGUGCAACAUGUCGUUCUACAACAAAUACGGACUGCGGCAUCAUAUGCGAGUGCAUACAGGCGAGAGGCCAUACAAAUGCGAGAUUUGCUCGCAGCCGUACAGCUACAAGCACGACUUCAACCGACACUGCUUCAAGAAGCACGGCGUGUUCCUCAAGCGACGCUCCGUUUACGUGAUGAACGAGGAAGUAUUGAAACAGGAGAAGAUACUGAUGAGAGAUCUUAUGCUCAGAGUACACGGGCUACUCAAAGAUGAUAAACCUCUCAACCCCUUCGACGGGCCACAGGCCGCCCUCGCAUUCGAGCAGGCGGUGAAGGCGUUAGAAUCAAAACAGAUUGUCGUCGACUUCCAGAUAGGUAUGAAUGAAUCAUGAUGUUCACAGAAUAGAAAAAGUUUUAAAGAUGUGAUUAUUACCUAAUUAAUGUUAAAAAAUGUUUUUAAAUAAAGACCGUUUGAUUAA